AUGCUGGUCCCCGCCUUUGUUCUCCGGCCCGAGCGGAGCCAUGCGCGGCUGACGAUGGAAGUGGAGGACUCCGGCGGCGUGGUGCUCACCGCCUACCACUCGUACGCGCGCCCCCAGCCGCCCAGCCCCGAGCCGCGCUGCGCGCCCCGGGCGACCGCCAGCCUCCCAGGCAGCAGAAAGUCCAUCCCUCGCUGCCGAAGAAUCAACAGGAUGCUCUCCAAUGAGUCCCUUCAGUCCCCGGCGUUCAGCCGCUCCAACUCUCAAGCCUCCGUAGACAGCGCCUCCAUGGAGGAUUUCUGGCGGGAAAUAGAAAGCAUCAAGGAGACCAGCCUGGGGGCUCAGGAGGAGCAGACGCCUGCCGAGGCCAAGCCCCUGGACGAAGGAGAACUUGAAGCAGAGUGGUUGCAAGAUGUGGGUUUAUCAACCCUGAUCUCGGGUGAUGAGGAGGAAGAUGGCAAAGCCUUGCUCUCUACUUUGACUCGAACCCAGGCAGCUGCAGUGAAGAAGAGAUACAAUACUUACACACAAACCUUGAGAAAAAAGAACAAGCAAUCUGUCAGGGAUGUCAGAGACAUCUUCGGAGCCAGCGAAUCUCCUCCAGAUGAGUUUUGUUGUGUCCCAGCUCCUCUUCUGGAUAUGAGCCCGGAUGAAGGAAGGAUGCCAAUGGUCCCCUGCAGAAAUGGUCAGCUGCCAGGUGAUACCUGUGACAGCCAUGCUAGCGAGCUGGAUGGCGCCCAGGAGGGAAAAGCGCUGCCAGGAAUCAUCAAAGCCAGCGGCCCCUUGCCAGAUGGUGCUUCUCUCAACAGUAGUGCCCUGUCAGAUGGGUCCCAGGAUGAAGAGUGGAGUUUUACCGUUCCCAGGAGUGGCUCCAUGUCCAUCCUGGAGGCCGUUCCAGACGUGCCAGUUCAUUCCAACGGCGCGGCAGACCCUGGACGGUCAGCGCGGCACGCGGCAAGUGAUGAUGAAUAUCUGGAAAAAAACAUUCUGGUAGAAGCUGAAGAGCUGUCCUUUGAAGUAUCAUACUCAGAAAAGCUAACACAGGCUCCAAAAAGGAACAGAUUUAAGAAGUUAGAUUUUAAGAAAGAAGACUAUGUUUUACCUAAAUUUGUUGUUCAGAAAACCAGAUUUGGCCUAACCAAAGCAGAAGAUCUGUCUGCUGAAGACAUGAAGAAAAUCCGCCAUCUCUCUCUAAUCGAAUUGACGGCCUUUUUUGACGCCUUUCGAAUUCAGCUAAAAAGAAACAAAACAGAGAAAGUAAAAGGACGAGACACUGGGAUUUUUGGAGUUCCCCUCACAGUCUUGCUAGAAAAUGACAGGAGGAAAGACUCUGGGGUCAAAGUUCCCUUUGUGUUACAAAAGUUCUUUGAGAAAGUUGAGGAAUCGGGUCUGGAAUCCGAAGGGAUCUUUCGACUUUCAGGAUGUACUGCCAAAGUCAAGCAAUACCGUGAAGAACUGGAUGCCAAGUUUAAUGCUGACAAGUUUAAGUGGGAGAAAAUGUGCCAUAGAGAAGCUGCAGUAAUGCUGAAAGCCUUUUUCAGAGAACUGCCCACCUCUCUCUUUCCCGUGGAAUAUAUACCUGCCUUCAUCACUCUAAUGGAAAGAGGGCCUCACAUCCGAGUACAGUUUCAAGCCUUACACCUCAUGGUCAUGGCACUGCCUGAUGCCAACAGGGACACAGCCCAGGCCCUCAUGACAUUCUUCAAUAAAGUCAUUGCCAAUGAAUCAAAAAACCGCAUGAGUAUAUGGAACAUUUCUACCAUCAUGGCACCGAAUCUUUUCUUCAGUAGAAGCAAACAUUCUGACUGUGAAGAAUUACUGUUAGCAAACACUGCUGCCCACAUCAUCCGUCUGAUGCUCAAGUACCAGGAGAUGUUAUGGACGGUUCCGUGUUUCUUAAUCGCUCAAGUCAGAAGAAUGAAUGAAGCCACCAUGUUGUUAAAGAAGCCGCUCCCAAGUGUCAAAAAGCUGCUAAGGAGGAAGACCAUAGAGCGAGGGGUUACAAGCCCCAAGACAUCAAAGGUACUGCAAAAAUCAGCCUCUACAAGAAGAAUGUCCGACGUGCCAGAGGGCGUCAUAAGGGUCCACGCGCCCCUUCUCUCCAAGGUGUCCAUGGCCAUUCAACUCAACAGUCAAACCAAAGUCAAAGACAUACUGGCGAAAUUUCAGUGUGAGAACAGUCAUGGUUCAUCAGAAUGCAUUAAGAUCCAGAACCAAAGGCUAUAUGAAAUCGGAGGUAAUAUAGGACAGCACUGCUUGGAUCCGGAUGCUUAUAUAUUGGAUGUUUAUCAUGUGAAUCCCCAGGCAGAAUGGGUGAUUAAACCCCAACAGAGUGUUUGA